GUCAAAGUCAAGUAAGAAGCAGAACAAAACGAAAUCAUCAAAUCAACACAAUCAAUCAGUAAAACGCAAGUGUAUCAAGCAUAUUGAAUUUUAGCAACGUUGACAAAAUUACUCUAUAAUGGCAGACAAACGGAAAAUCAAGAAGCGUAAAGAAGAGUUCGGAGAACCUAAAGAGUCUGAGAAGGCAACCAGCGAAGAGUACUCGGUCGCGAAAUGGUUGAAGAACAACGUCCCCACAAAGAAAACCAAAUUUCUGAACCAUCAUGUCGAAUAUUUCACAGGGACAAAAGCAGUGGAUGCACUACUGACAUCCAAGUGGGCGACCGGCAAGAACCCUAUAUUCACGACCCGUCACGAGGUCCGGGACUUUCUGCACAAAAUGCUGCUGCACAAACUAUUUCACAGAGCCAAGAAGGUUCCAGUUAGUGAGCAAGAAUUGAAAGGGAAAUCCAAGAAGAAAGAUAAAGAACAAGAGAAGUCCAGUAAGAGUGGAGAUGACAAAGAUGGUGAGAAGAGUCAAGCUAGUGCCUGUGAGGGCAAGGAAACCAAAGAUGUGAAAGAGAAGGAGAAGAAAAAACGCAAGAUCCGCCUCGAGAUGCACCUGGAGCAGGUGUUCCUGGACACAACGGAUGCUUACGUAUGGAUCUACAACCCGAUCCCGUGGUACUACUGGCUGUGUGGCUCUCUCGUCGUCCUUAGUACCAUCGUGCUCUGCAUGUUCCCACUGUGGCCUGCUACUGUCAGAAAAGGCGUAUACUAUUUAAGUGUUGCCGCUGCAGCCUUCCUGGUGAUGAUCAUUGUCCUGGCUGUCCUCCGCGUCGUCGUGUUCUGUCUAGUUUGGAUACUAACUCUAUCUAGGCAUCAUCUGUGGUUACUGCCAAACCUUACGGAAGACGUAGGAUUCUUUGCUUCCUUCUGGCCGCUUUAUAAGUACGAGUAUCGCGGGCCGGGUUCGGACAGCGACAAGUCAUCUAAAAAUAAGAAGAAACGCAAGAAAGACAAACAGUCCGACGACGAGAGCGAGAAGACACCACUGUUGACCGAGCAACAGCCGGAGCACAGCGUACCCGAGGCCCCGCCAGAGACAGAUACUGGGGAAGCUAAAGAGGAACCUCUGCUGACCAACACAGACAAGCAAUCCGAAUCGGAGUCGGAGAACAGUCAGCGUUCUUCAACAGAUCGAGACUUCGAGAUCGUGGGGCCAGAUGACGUCGAACCCGACGAAGAUUCUAAUGCGUAGACCCGGUACAUUCGUAUGACGUGAACGCACUGGGUAGUGGCAAGUUAAACUCAUAUAAAAUUCUUUAUACACGAUAUCAGGGCUGCUGUAAGACAUAGCAUUGCGGUAUCACGCUGUAGUUUUAUUAGACUGAUAUUAUUGAGAAUUCUAAGCAUUAUGUUUGCAUAAAAUAUCCAGUGGCAUAAUAUUACAGAACAAUGAUAAACAACUAAAUUAUCAAAGUAUAAAAUCUGAUAUAGAAAUUGGUUAUAAAUAUACUUAAUGAACGUACAUUAGAAUUAUUUUGUGUUUUUUGCUUUGCUGAAUUCAAAUUAUAUGGCGAAAAAGAAGAAAAUAUGCAUUAAAAAAAUAAUAAUUGUCUGUUCUGAGAUGAGUUGCAUAAUUGUUAGAAAACUUUAGACAUUUAAUAUUAAACUAUGCUAUACUACAUUUUAAUAUAUAUUAUAUUAUAUCAGCAAAAUAGAAGUUGAAUAAAUUUUAUAAAACGUAAUUAUAUGGUAUUACUGUAAAUAUACUAUUUUGUGUCGACAGAUUUACUUUUUAAUUAUUUAUACAGGGUUAUAGAAAGGGCUUUAACCGCAAUGCUCUGUGGACAUGUUAAAAAUAUUGAUACGAAAUUAAUUGAUAUAUAAAAUGCAUUUAUUUACAUUAUUUAUUUACUGUAAUUGUUAAAGAAGUAUGAAGAUUUAUAUUGAGAUGUGAAUUGAUAUCUCAAAACAGUAUUAUUUGUCACUGACCCACUGCGUUCUGAUACUAGAUGAAUUAGUAAUAAUUGGAACAGGGGUGCCAACCUACGAGGAUCCUCUGAAAUAUAAGGUGAUUAACCUUCUGUACGAGGACAUUUUCAUCCAUAAGGAUGUUAUAAAAUAAUAAAGUUUUGACGGAUCUGUUCAAAUGUUAUAAACGAGGUUAGACAGCCAAAUUCAGCUAAUACAUUUUGACAGAUUUUCAAUGUUCUCGUACAGAACUAUGUGUUUUAAGGCUGGCAACCCUGGGAAGUAUUCCGAAUCAAGGGUAUUGUUAUGAUGUUACAUGUUUUUCGAUUAAAGCCUCAAGAAUUUUGCUAUAAAUAUAAAUCAUGGUUAGUGAUUUAUUUCGUCAUCUUCGCACUAAUGUAUAAUUACAAUAGUUAAAAUUAC